AAAAAAUAACAAGUCUAAGCCUCCAAAUCAAAUUCAAAGAAGAAAGACAUACAAUUAAUGUCUUUGCACUAUCAAAUGUAUAAGCAUGCUCUUUGCCAACAACAAUUAGAAUUAGAAAACAAAGAUGCAGUAUUCAAAGGUUUAUUUGCUGAACUAGAAAGAGAACAUAAAGGAAACAAAGUAGAACUUACUGUCAUCAGUUUUGAACCAUUGAUAAGUUCCCCAGCUUGA